UGCGUUCGAAGGGAGGCGGAGGCGCUGGUCCGGGCGAAGGGCAAUACGGUGGCCCAGAGGGCACAAGGAGGUGGACGGUGGCCGACAGGAUCCGGCAUGGAGCAGUUGGAGCGCUGCGCGUGGUUCCUCCGGGGGACGCUAGUGCGGGCGGCCGUGCGGCGCUAUCUGCCCUGGGCGCUGGUGGCCUCCAUGCUGGCGGGCUCCCUUCUCAAGGAGUUGUCUCCGCUGCCCGAGAGCUACCUCAGCAACAAGCGCAACGUCCUCAACAUGUAUUUUGUCAAAAUGGCCUGGGCCUGGACGUUCUGUCUCCUCCUGCCUUUCAUUGCCCUCACCAACUACCACCUGACUGGCAAGGCUGGCCUGGUCCUGCGGCGGCUGAGCACCCUGCUUGUGGGCACGGCCAUCUGGUAUGUCUGCACCUCCAUCUUCUCCAACAUCGAACACUACACGGGUACCUGCUACCAGUCCCCGGCCCUAGAGGGGGUCAGGAAGGAGCACCAGAGCAAGCAGCAGUGCCACCAGGAAGGGGGCUUUUGGCAUGGCUUUGACAUCUCAGGUCACUCCUUCCUGCUGACCUUCUGCGCCCUCAUGAUUGUGGAAGAGAUGUCAGUGAUGCAUGAGGUGAAGACGGACCGGAGCCACUGCCUCCACGCCGCCAUCACCACCCUGGUGGUGGCCCUGGGUAUUCUGACUUUCAUCUGGGUGUUGAUGUUUCUGUGCACAGCUGUUUAUUUCCACAACUUGUCCCAGAAGGUGUUCGGCACCUUGUUCGGUUUGCUCGGCUGGUACGGGACAUAUGGGUGUUGGUAUCUGAAAGCCUUUUCCCCAGGACUUCCUCCCAAGAGCUGUAGUUUGAAUUUGAAGCAAGACAGUUACAAGAAGUAAGAGUCACAAAAGCGGGGACAGAAGGACAAUGACAAAUCUGUUUGUUUGUUUUUUUUUAAAUAUAUUUUGCUUAGUUAUUUGGCUAAAUUAUUGAUCCUACUUCAGAGGGAAAGGGUACCAGGCAGUUUUGGUGGGUGGUGCUGAAGUCUGGGGAGUGAAUUUAGUCCUCAGACUAUUCUUGGCCACAUCACCAGUGUCGCAGGCACCACCAUUCCCAGUUAGGCACUUUUUGUCCCUGGCAAGGCUUGACCUUUGUCUGGAACACUCCUUUUGUCCCUAGGGUGGGGAGCUAAGGCUCAGCAAAAGCGCAGCAUCAGGAAAGCCUCUGUGGUGUGGCCAAAGGGGAGGCCGGAACCUGGGGGCUCCUUUGCUACCUUCUCCCAGGUUCUGGUCAUCUUUAGAUUUUAAUGGCUCUCACUGCUGUUACUUAGGAGUAUUUCUGGCCAGGCGCAGUGGCUCACACCUGUAAUCCCAGCACUUUGGGAGGCUGAGGCAAGCGGAUCACCUGAGGUCAGGAGUUGGAGACCAGCCUGGCCAACAUGGCGAAACCUCGUCUCUACUA